UCUAGCUUAGAUUUGGAAGCCUUGUCUCCUUUGUAGAUUCUUCUUUGUUUUUAUGUCUUUCUUCGUUUCUGAUAGUGAGGCUGCUAGUGCUUAAGGUGUUUGGGGUGGUUAUGGUCAUGGUCAUCGCAAUUUGGUAGAGCUGGUGAUGUCGAUGGCGUUUAAUGUUUAUCUUUUUGGCUAACCUAAAAGUCUACGGAAUUUAAUGUCUAUCUUUUUAGAGGUAUGAAUCUAAUAUAAAUGAGUGAUGCUGGUGUUGGUGGUAGUGGUGGCGGUGUUAGGUGUUAGGUGUGAUACUAUUAAGCCAAGUUGCCAAAUGACAUGUCUCACAUCACACACUGUGAACAAGGUGAUUGGUGUUAGGAAGGCCACAAGUAGGCCCUAUUUGGCUUCCUCUCUGCAGCUUCCUACCUUACCCAAGAAAGGGCAUCGGUGAUGUUUUCUUCUAUAGAUCGUAUCUUUUGGCAUAGGUAAAUUACACAAGAACUCAUGUAAGAUUGAAUCCUAGAACUCACCCUCCAGCAUAGUUCUUGAGGGGAAGAAGGUAUCAUUAGGCUUAAAGUGAAUUAAUAAUAUUAAAUCAUAGCACUUUGGAUGGGGCUCAAGGGAGUUAUAAUCUCCAUCACCAGAAAUGCCGCACCCAUGGACAUUAAGUCAGCAAAACCAAGGAGAAGGUUGGGAGCUUCAAAGGCAGGCAUUACACGAACGUGAAGAGAGUCCAGUCCUAGAGUGUCUCCAUGAUGUAAAAUACAUCAUAGACGGUUGUGGCACAGGGGAGUCUACUCACCUCAAAAUCGCUUUCGAGUGUCAAUGGUGACAUAUGGAACAUAUCUAAGAGUAAUCGAGCUUUCAUGGUACCACCAGAGGCCAAAGUAUUCCCUAGCAUGGAAACUUCCAAAUCCACAUUCGACCACAAAUACGGUUCCUCUUUUCUGGAUGACAACUUUUUUUUUUAUUUUUAUAAAAUUAAAUUGUAACCUCCACCAUGACCAUCUUUAAUACAAAGGAAAAGGGAGUUUUCUAAGCACUCUAAACUCCAGACGAUGCAAGAUUAAAAGAUACAAAAACAGGACAUCAUUUUUAAUUUUAUAAUUACUUGAUAAAGCAAACUUCUAGAAGUUUGAUAAUUUUGUAAAUAUAGUAUGAAGAAGAAACUGAGCCAACGAGCCAAGGAUUUUCUUUUUGAGGUUUAUGUGGAUUUUAAAUUUGAGAGUAUUUGUAUUUAUUUAAGUAAGCUUUUUGUCAUAUUUGAAAUUGAUACAAAAAUUGAUAUUUUUGAAAUAAGAGGUGAAGUUUUGGCUAUUUUUGUAAAUUUUCCGAUCCCAAAUACUAAAGAGGGAAGGAGGAGCGGAGGAAGAAAAAAAGAAAGGAAAAAACGGAAAAAUGCUCAGAGCUCUCACUCUCAGACGCUCACUCCAGUCCCUCCACCACCACAACCACCUCAAGCCGCACAUUUCCACCGCCAUCCCCCAAAACCCACUGAACCCAUUAAGCCCAGCACGCGCAUGUUCCAGUCUUUCAUCGCCAUCGGCAUCUUCAUCAGCCUCUGAGCUCCGCAAGUACUUGGGCUACACAGCCCUCGUCUUGUUCUCCGCUGCAGCCACCUACUACUCCUUCCCUUUCCCUGAAAACGCCAGGCACAAAAAAGCCCAGAUUUUCCGCUAUGCUCCUCUGCCCGAGGAGCUCCACACAGUCUCCAACUGGAGCGGGACCCACGGGGUCCAGACCCGGGUUUUCCACCAGCCUGAGACCCAUGAGGAGCUGGAAAAGGCUGUCAAAGAUGCCCGUGAGAAGAAAACCCGGAUUCGGCCGGUCGGGUCCGGGUUGUCCCCGAAUGGGAUUGGAUUGUCCAGGGCUGGAAUGGUCAAUUUGGCGCUGAUGGAUAAGGUUUUGGAGGUGGAUAAGGAGAAGAAGAGGGUGAGAGUGCAAGCUGGGAUAAGGGUGCAGGAAUUGGUGGAUGGGAUCAAGGAACAUGGCCUUACUCUGCAGAACUUUGCCUCCAUUAGGAAGCAGCAGAUUGGUGGCAUUUUGCAGGUUGGUGCACAUGGUACUGGUGCAAAAUUGCCUCCGAUGGAUGAACAGGUGAUCAGUAUGAAGCUGGUCACUCCUGCUAAGGGAACAAUAGAAAUCUCUAAAGAGAAAGAUCCAGAGCUGUUUUGUUUAGCCCGGUGUGGCCUUGGAGUGGUUGCUGAAGUCACCAUCCAGUGCGUUGAGAGACAGGAGCUUGUAGAGCACACUUCUGUCUCAAACAUGGAAGAGAUCAAGAAAAAUCAUAAGAAAUUACUAUCUGAGAAUAAACAUGUGAAGUGCCUUUAUAUUCCAUAUAGCGACACUGUUGUGGUUGUGACGUGUAACCCUGUAUCAAAAUGGAAAGGUCCCCCAAAGUUCAAACCCAAAUAUAGCAGCGAUGAAGCCAUACAGCAUGUUCGAGAUCUCUACAACGAAUGCCUCCAGAAGUGCAGUGUAGUUCCAGUUAAGAAUGACGUGGACAUAAAUGAGCUGUCAUUUACAGAGUUGAGAGAUAAACUGCUUGCCCUAGAUCCUCUCGACAAAGAUCAUGUUGUAAAAGUUAAUCAAGCUGAGGCUGAAUUCUGGAGGAAGUCAGAGGGAUACAGAGUGGGAUGGAGUGAUGAAAUUCUGGGCUUUGAUUGUGGUGGUCAACAGUGGGUUUCAGAAACUUGUUUUCCAGUUGGAACCCUUUCCAAACCAAGCUUGAAAGACCUUGAAUACAUAGAAGAUGUAAAGCAGCUCAUAGAGAAGAACAAGGUACCAGCACCUGCUCCAAUAGAGCAGCGCUGGACAGCAUGCACUAAGAGCCCCAUGAGUCCAGCUUCAAGUACAAAAGACGAUGAUAUAUUUUCGUGGGUUGGUAUAAUCAUGUACCUUCCUACAACGGAUGCCCGCCAAAGAAAGGAAAUUACAGAAGAGUUUUUCCACUACAGGCGUCUGACCCAAGUACAGUUGUGGGAUAAGUAUUCCGCUUAUGAACACUGGGCAAAGAUUGAGGUUCCAAAGGACAAAGAAGAGCUUGCCUCUCUCCAGGCCAGGCUAAGAAAGCGUUUUCCAGUUGAUGCAUACAAUAAAGCACGAAAGGAGUUGGACCCGAGCAGGAUCCUUUCAAAUAACAAGCUGGAAAAGCUGUUCCCAUUAUCGGAUACCAUUUGAGAAGCAUCCUUCAGUGGUUAGUUAUUGAUUAAUAUGGCUUUUCACUAAAUUUGAAUGCAUUUUAGCUUCAAUAAAAAAAAAAUUCCGCCAAAUCUGCCUCGAGCAUCUUUAGACCUAAGAAUAUAACUGUAAAUUUAAGAGGAAACAUGAGAUACGAUGUGGUGUAUUAUUACGUUUAUUGAUAAUGGUAAAAAGGAAAAACCUUUUGGACACA